AUGCGGCUUCAGGCGGCGCUCUUCUUCGCCGUGUGCCUAUCGCCCGCGGCAGCCAUUUACAACGAUGAGGUUAAUCACAUCGACUUCCAUCACGCUCUGCUCGGUUCCCCCUCCCCCGACUCGACCUUCUUCCUUAAGCCAUCUUCGACCUCCAAUGCCUCCCUUCUAUAUACAAUCUCCGACAAGCUACUAGUGGGUGCAAUCAACCCACGUGACGGAGCUCUGUUAUGGCGCCAGAACCUCUCGCGGUCGGCGGAUUCGCCGGCGCGCGGGGGUCUUCUGCGCGGACUGGACGGCAACGACGCGGUUGUUGGCGCAGCGGGUAACUACAUCUCGUCAUGGAGUGCUCAGGAUGGAAAGCUGGCUUGGGAAAACCGGUACUCUGAAGGUGUGGUUGCGGAUCUGGAGCUGUUGGAGCUUGAGGAUGCUACCGCGACCCCCGGAAUUCGUGAUACCAUUGCCGUGGUUGGCAGCGAAGGCUCCGGUAUCGUGAGACGUUUGGAUGGUAAUUCUGGUAACAUCAAGUGGGAAUACAGGGAUGACAGUGGUGACGUUCCGUUCCAAGUGUCAUCCUCCCCGACAGAGGUCUUCUACAUUUCACUUCAAUCAGCUAUGCUGAAGGGCUACAGAAUCAAGGUCACUGUGUUGGACCCAGUGACUGGAAAGCAGGUUCGCCAGCAAACCCUUAACUCCGAAAGCGACGUGGCUACCCCCGAGUCCGUUCUUUUCGUCGGCGCCAACACUGCCUCACCCAUCAUCGUCUGGACGGACAAGUCGCAAAAGUCUCUGAAAGUCAAUGUAAUUGGCACCAAGGAAAUCAACUCGGUCGCCAUUGACAACACUUCCGGCUUGGAUAUUCGCAAGAUCACAGUCCAUGCUGCACACAAGACAAACGCUCUUCCCCAUUUCUUGGUUCACUAUGCAACUGAGGCUGGAGCCUGGGCUGAGGUGUACCAUGUAGACAUGAAGUCGUCUAAGGUGACUAAGGCUUACCAACUGCCUUAUCUGCCUGGGCAUUCGGUGGUUGCGACAAGUGUUAUUGACGCUAAUGUCUUCUUCACUCGUGUCACGGACUCCGAGGCUGUUGUUGUCUCUUCCGCCUCUCAUGGCAUUCUGGGUCGCUGGAAUCUGCCAGAAUCUUCUGACGUUGCUUUGCACGCUGUCUCCGACCUGGUCACCAGGGGAGGUUCUGUGUCUGUCCGGUCAGCCGUUUUCCGCGAGCAUGGUGAUUGGCAGCUUAUCCGAAAUGGCCAGAUCGAAUGGAUCCGCAAUGAAGGUCUUAUUGAUGCUGUUGCCGCCACCUGGGCGGAAGUCGAUGCCCAGGAGGGUCUGGCUCAUGAGCUGGAGGUUGAAGGCCAUGAGACAAUCUACGGAGCGUACAUUCACCGUGUGAAGCGUCACGUCCGUGACCUGCAAUACCUGCAACAGUGGCUGAAGCACAUCCCUGAGCGUAUCCUGAGCAGUAUUUUCAGCGAUGAGGUGACCAACCUUGACAGCUUUGGCCUUGCUACUCCUGUUCUUGUUGCCACAAAGAACGGCCGUGUGUAUGCUUUGGAUACCGGUAAACAUGGCGCCGUUUUGUGGAGUGUGCAGGCCGUAGAAACCUCCGAGUGGGAUGUUAAGGCUAUUUUGACUUCGCCAGGCACCGCCACUAUCUACCCUAACGAUGGAAGCUCUGUGACUCUGAAAGUCUCGACAGGUGAUAUCAUCUCACGCACUGCCUCAUCGGACAGCAAGAUUCACUCAAUUGCUGUCUUCGGCGCCCAGGAAGCAUCAUCAUUGACCACCGUUGGCGUCCGUGAGGAUGGUUCCCCAGUGACUGCAUUUGACGAGGUGAACGGGUUCUUGGUAACUACCAGUGUCGACGGCCGAGUCCUCGGCUGGAUCGCAAAGGACAACAAGUCGCCUGUCUGGGAGUUUCUUCCUCCAUCCGGGCAAAAGGUUGUUCAUGCCACUGCUCGCCCUGUCCAUGACCCUGUGGCAUCCAUCGGCAAGGUCCUUGGAGACCGCUCGGUUCUGUACAAAUACCUCAACACGAACUUGGCCCUAGUCACCGCAGUGAAUGAGAAGACCAAUAUCGCCAGCUUCUAUCUGUUGGACGGUGUUUCAGGCAAGGUCCUGCAUGCCACUACUCAAUCCGGCGUGGAUACCACACAGCCCAUCGCAUCCGCAAUGUCUGAGAACUGGUUCGCCUUCUCUUUCUGGGGUGAUAUCGAUUCCAACGAGUCCUCUGCCAAGGGAUACCAGCUCGUCAUCUCCGAGCUCUACGAGUCCCCCUUCCCCAACGACCGUGGUCCUCUCGACUCCGCUAGCAACUACUCCAGUCUCCACAGCAGCGUCGAAAGCCCCCCGCUGCCCCAUGUUAUCUCCCAGGCCUUCAUGAUCCCCGAGCCAAUCUCCCACAUGACGGUUACUCAAACCCGCCAGGGCAUCACCACGCGCCAGCUCCUCUGCACUCUCCCCUCUUCCAACUCCAUCGUUGGAAUCCCCCGUCCCGUCCUUGACCCCCGCCGCCCUGUAGACCGGGACGCUACUGCUGCUGAGACCGAAGAAGGUCUCUUCCGCUACGCUCCCUACUUUGAUUUCGAUGGCAAAUGGUACCUCUCGCACGCCCGCGAUGUCGCCGGUAUCAAGCAAGUGCUUUCUCGUCCUACCCUGUUGGAGAGUACGAGUCUUAUCUUCGCCUUUGGUAGUGAUAUCUAUGGCACCCGCGCCACCCCCAGCCAGGCAUUUGAUGUCCUCGGCAAGAGCUUCUCUAAGUUGCAGCUUGUUCUUACUGUGGUGGCACUCGGUGUUGGUGUCGCCAUUUUGGCUCCGAUGACUCGGAGAAAGCAGGUCAAUGCUUUGUGGAAGGCUACAUAG